AUGAGAUUCUGGAAAAGCUUGUUACUGUCGGGGCUGGCCUCUGCCGUUAGCGUCCUCUCGCGAGAGAAUACCAGCAACAGCGCGCUCGAGCAGUGCCCCGGCUACACAGCCUCCAACGUUCAGACGACAGACACGGGCUUAACGGCGGAGCUGUCUCUCGCUGGCAAAGCAUGCAACACCUACGGCGACGAUCUCAAGGACCUGAUUCUCCAAGUCACCUACGAGACUGACAACCGUCUACACGUCAAGAUUCAGGAUGCCGGCAAUCAAGUCUACCAAGUGCCCGAAUCCGUCUUUGCGCGGUCAUCAGCUACGUCGUCCGCAUCAGCGAGCCAUCUCCAAUUCUCGCACGCGGCCUCGCCAUUCUCCUUUACCGUUUUCCGGCGCGACACGGGCGAGGUGCUGUUCGACACUUCGGCCGCGCCGCUCGUCUUUGAGACGCAAUACCUGCGGCUGCGCACCGCCCUGCCGCGCGAUCCGUACCUGUACGGCCUCGGCGAGCACUCGGACCCGUUCCGCCUCAACACCACGGGAUACGUCCGCACGCUCUGGAACCAGGACAGCUACGGCAUCCCCAACGGCGCCAACCUCUAUGGCGCGCACCCGUUUUACCUCGAGCAGCGCAGCAGCGGCGCCCAUGGCGUCUUGCUGCUAAACUCCAAUGGCAUGGACAUUCUGAUCGACAAGGACCAUGAGUCUGGCCAGCAGUACCUUGAGUACAACACGCUCGGCGGUGUGCUGGAUUUCUACUUUUUCGCCGGCUCCAGCCCCGUCGACGUGGCUAGACAGUACGGCGCGCUGGCCGGCACGCCCGCCAUGCCGCCGUACUGGGGUCUCGGCUACCACAACUGCCGCUACGGCUACCGCGACGCCUUUGAAGUCGCCGAGGUGGUGCACAACUACAGCGUCGCGACCAUGUGGACCGACAUUGAUUACAUGGACCGCCGCCGCGUCUUCUCCCUCGACCCGGAGCGCUACCCGCUCGCCUCGAUGCGCGCGCUCGUCUCGCAUCUGCACCAUCAUGAUCAGCACUACGUCGUCAUGGUCGACCCGGCCGUCGCGUAUCAGGACUACUCGCCGCUGCACCGCGGCAUCGAGCAGAAUGCAUUCUUGCUCCGCGAAAACGGCUCCGCCUGGCUCGGUGUUGUGUGGCCCGGCGUCACCGUUUUUCCGGACUGGUUCGCCGAGACAGUCGAUGGGUACUGGAAGAAUGAAUUCAAGCUCUUCUUUGACAAGGACGCUGGCGUGGAUAUUGACGCCCUCUGGAUCGACAUGAACGAGCCCAGCAACUUUCCUUGCAACUUUCCCUGCGAUGAUCCUUACGCGGCCGCCGAGGGCUACCCGCCGCCCGCACCGCCCGUCCGCGACACACCCCGGUCCCUUCCUGGCUGGCCGUGCGAGUUCCAGAUCGGCGGCUGCGGCAACAGCAGCAAGCGCAGCAACAACAUCAACGCCGGAGCCACCAACCCCAAUGUCGCGCCUGCCAUUCGAAGCAACUCCCUGAUCCUCCCAGUCCGCGCCGCCGCUGCUGCCGGCGAUCAAAAGGGUCUUCCCAAUCGCGACCUUCUCUUCCCCAAGUACGCCAUCCACAACAAGGCCGCAUACAGGGACGACUGGAACGCCGACCACGGCGGCAUCUCCAAUCACACCGUCAACACCGACGUCAUGCACCAAAACGGGCUCGCCAUGUACGACACACACAACCUGUACGGCGCGCUCAUGUCCCUCGCCUCUCACCGGGCCAUGCUCGCGCGCCGUCCCGGCCUCCGCCCACUCAUCAUCACCCGGAGCACCUUUCCUGGCGCGGGCGCCCACGUAGGUCACUGGCUCGGCGACAACCUCUCCACGUGGCAAAAGUACCGCGAGUCCAUCCGCGGCAUGCUCGCCUUUACCGCGCUCUUCCAGUUCAACAUGGUCGGCUCCGACGUGUGCGGCUUUGGCGGCAACACCACCGAGGAGCUGUGCGCGCGGUGGGCAAGCCUCGGCGCCUUUUACAGCUUCUACCGCAACCAUAACGCGUACGGCACCGCCGCGCAGGAAUUCUACAUUUGGGAGAGCGUUGCUGCCGCGGCGCGUAAAGCCAUUGAUAUCCGGUACCGACUCAUGGACUACUUUUACACGGCCAUGUGGCGUGCUAGCGAGGACGGCACCCCAAGCAUCUCGCCCGUCUUUUACCACUACCCUGACGAUCAGGCCGCGUGGGCGCUGGAGCUGCAAUUCUUUUACGGCCCGGCCAUCAUGGUCGCGCCCGUGACGGAAGAGAGCGCCACCAGCGUCAACGUGUACAUUCCCGCGGGAGCCACCUUUUACGACUGGUACACGCAUCAAGCCAUCCGUGGUAACAACGACGGCGGCCGCACUCACACAUUUUCCAAUGUCGACGUCACUACGAUUCCGCUGCUCAUCCGCGGGGGCGUCAUUGUCCCGCUGCGCGCCGCAUCGGCCAAUACCACGACGGAGCUGCGCACGCGCGCCUUUGAGCUGCUCGUGCCGCUUGACGAGCGCGGACGCGCCGAGGGCGAGCUAUACGUUGAUGACGGCGUGUCGGUGGCGCAAAAGGCGGGCGGCGUGACGGAUAUUCAGUUUGUUUACCAAGAGGGCGUGCUGACUAUCAAUGGCACGUUUGCGGUGGAUGAUGCGCUCCCGCGGAUCGUCAAGGUGACAGUGCUGGGCGAAGACUGCAAGACAAAGAGGGCAGCGGAAAAGGGUGCGGCAGAGGAGGGCAAGAGGAGUCGGACAGUCAAGGUGGACAUUUCACUCAACGAGGCGAGCACCACAAAGGUUUAA